AGAUCCAAUCAGGAAGCAGCGCGCGCACUGAUCCAGGCCCGGGAAGCUGACUACGCGACGCUGAGGCGAUCUGACGGCAGCGGGACCUGCAGGUGUGGCCUUGUAGCGAGAAUUAAGAAAAUCACAAAGCACAUGUCAGUGAAUCAGCAAGAUCUAGAUCCAGAUAGUACAACAGAUGUGGAAGUUGUUACAGAUACUGAAGAAGAACUUAUUAAAGAAUGUGAAGAAAUGUGGAAAGAUAUGGAAGAAUGUCAGAAUAAAUUAUCGCUUAUUGGAGCUGAGACACUCACUGAUUCAAAUGCUCAGCUUUCACUAUUAAUUAUGCAAGUGAAAUGUUUGACUGCUGAACUCAGUCAAUGGCAAAAAGAAACACCUAAAAUAGCUCCCUUAAAUGAUGAUGUUCUGGUAACAUUGGGAAAAGAAGAGUUCCAGAAAUUGCAGCAUGAUCUUGAAAUGGUGCUAUCUACUAUUCAGUCAAAGAAUGAAAAGUUAAAGGAAGACUUACAAAGAGAGCAGCAGUGGUUGGAUGAACAGCAACAGAUAAUGGAAUCUCUUAAUGUACUACACAGUGAAUUGAAAAAUCAGGUUGUGACAUUUUCUGAAUCAAGAAUCUUUACUGAGCUGAAAACUAAAAUGCUUAAUGUAAAAAAGUAUAAGAAGAAACUCUUGAUUACCUUGGGUGAAUUUCUAGAAGACCACUUUCCUCUGCCUGAUGGAAGUGUUAAAAAGAAAAAGGCAGAGUGGAUAGUGAAGGAGAGAGAUAGAGAGAAAGGUCUUCCUUUUUGCCGUUGGUUCACCCUCCAAUGGCCGCUGCGGCCAGCGCAUCGUGCUGAUGCGAAGGCAGGAGCCAGGUGCUUCUCCUGGUCUCCCUUGCAGGUGCAGGGCCCAAGGACUUGGGACAUCCUCCACUGCACUCCCUGGCCAUAGCAGAGAGCUGGCCUGGAAGAGGGGCAACCGGGACAGAAUCCGGCACCCCAACCGGGACUAGAACCCGGUGUGCCGGCGCCGCAAGGCGGAGGAUUAGCCUGUUAAGCCACGGCGCCGGCCUGAUUUCCAUUGUUCUUUAUCCAUUUCAUCCACAAAUCUAUUCAACUAUACUACUGUAGCUUCAAUAAAUAUAUGAUGACUUCUCUCUUGUUUUUGUGCCUUAUACAUCCUAUUUCUUUUAUCCAGAAAACCCUUCCUGUCAAUGAAGGUAGUAAAUUCUUACUUUAAGAUAACUCAAGCAUUUUUUGUGUGAAGCGCUAUAAAUUUAGGGGUCGGGGUCCUUUGUUAGCAUUUGUCAAAUGAUUUUGUAAUUAUCAUUUGUAUCUCCCUCUUUCCUCAGGAUGCACUGUGAGCUACUUGAAGUGUUUAAUUCAUCUUUGUAUCUCUUAUAUCUGUGUAUCUUUUAUAGUAUCCUCUGAGUUCGUUUUUUUCUUUUUAAAGAUUUAUUUAUUUGAAAGGCUGAGUUAGGGAGAGUCAGAGAGAGAAAGAGAGCAAGUGAGUGAGUAAAUGCUUACUACUGCUGAACUAGUCAAGAUUCUGAGCCAGGAGCUGGAAACAACCCAGGUCUCCCAUAUGAGUGGCAGGGACUCACCCAGUUACUUGAGCUGUCACCACUGGCCUCCAGGGUGUACUGGCAGGAAGCUGGAAUAAAGAGCCAGAGCCAGGAAAUGAACCCAGGUAUUGUGAUGUGAGAAAGGAGUCUUAUGCACCAGGCUAAUUGACCACUCAUAUUUAUAUAUAUAUAGUACGCUUGGAAAAGGAGAAAAGGUUCUUUUUUCUUAACAGUGUGUUGUUUUUUCUUCCCUUUUUCUUUAUCUGUAGGCUUUAUGCUUGUUAUAAACUGUCUCUUCCAUUCUGUCCUUUGUUAUUUAUAUUUCUUAUUUAUUUCUGAAGUUAUUUAUAGUCUUCUAUUGGCCAUUUCAUUAAGGUCAUGAUAGCUUGGCAUUUAAUGGUCUUAAUCUUCUAACAACUCAUUGGUUUAUUUUCUGGCUCCAGUCUUCUCUAUUUAUCUCAGCUUUCUUUUUAAGCUUCUCCACUAAUAGAACCAGGGGUUUGAGACAUCCUAAAAAAGAAGUGUUAAUUACCGGAAGCCAUCAUAUGUUCACUAAGUUGUAUUUGCUAACUCACUUUUUAAAAAUUAAAUAUAAGAACUAUUGAUACAUGGUAUAAAAUUAUAAGUGUCUCUGUCUUUCUCUCUUUGGCCAGCAGUAAUACUGGAUAAUACUGUUAGUCUGCAGACUGCCAUAACAAAAUACCACAGACUAGUUGGUUUCAAUAACAGAUACUUUUUUUUUAAAGAUUUAUUUUAUUUAUUUUAAAGAGUUACAGGAGUCACAGAGAGAGGUGUUCCAUCCACUGGUUCACUCCCUAGAUGGCCGCAACUACCGGAGCUGCGCCGAUCUGAAGCCAGGAGCUUCUUCCAGGUUGCCCACGCGGGUGCAAGGGCCCAAAGACUUGGGCCAUCCUCCACUGUGAUCCCAGGCCAUAGCAGAGAGGUAGAUGAGAAUUGGAGCUGCCAGGACUAGAACCGGUGCCCAUAUGGGAUGCCAGCACUUCAGGCCAGGGCGUUAACCCACUGCACCACAAUGCCGGCCCCCAGAUACUUCUUUUGUAACAGUCUGGAUACUAGAAGUCCAGGAUCAAGAUACUCUCUAGAUUGGUGUCUGGUGAGGUCUACAAAGAAGAAAGCUAAAGACUAUCAAAAUUCCUCCAUCAGAUCAUUGACAUUAUUUGAACCAUCUUCCUAAACACAUUGACUAUAAAGGUAUGUCAACAGAUGGAAUGAUGGAUGGAAGAUAUUGUACAUGCUAAUAUAAAUUUAAUAUUAAAUGUAAUUUUUAUUUAAAUUUGAUAGAAAAAGUGAUAUUGAAUUCAGAUAAAUAUUUAUUUUUUACAAAAAAGAUUUUAUUUAUCUGAAAGGCAGGGUGCCAGAGAUAAAGAGAAGAGACAGUGAGAAAGAGAUGUUUUGGGGCUGGCGCUGUCGUGUGGUAGAUAAAGCCGCCGCCUGCAGUGCAUGCAUCUUAUAUGGGCGCCGAUUCAAGUGCUGGCUGCUCCACUUUUGUUCCAGCUCUCUGCUGUGGCCUGGGAAAGCAGUAGAAGAUGGGACCCUGCACCCAUGUGGAAAGACCUAGAUCUUCUAUCUGCUGGUUCACUCUUCAAAUGGCCAUGUUCAGCUGGGGAUGGGCUAAGCCAAAGUCAGGAGCCAGGAAUCCAUCCAGGUUCCCCAUGUGCUCUAGUCCCUGGCAGUUGAGCCAUUCUUUUUUCUGUUUGUUUGAAUGGCAGAGUUACAGAGAGGCAGAGGCAAAGAGAGAGAGAGAGAGGUCUCCCUCUGCUGGUUCACUCCCCAAGUGGCCACGACAGCCGGAUCUGUGCUGAUGCGAUACCAGUAGCCAGGAGCUUCCAAGUCUCCCACGCAGAUGCAGGGGUCCAACGGAUGCAGGGGUCUAACUACUUGGGCCAUCCUCUACUGCUUUCCCAGGCUAUAGCAGAGAGCUGGAUAGGAAGUAGAGUAGCCAGGACUUGAACCGGUGCCCAUAUAAGGUGCUGGCACUGUAGGCAGAGGCUUUAAUGGCAACACCACAGUGCUGGCUCCAUUGGGCUAUUUUUUUCUAGGCAAAUUAGCAAGGAGGUGGAUUGUAAGCAGAGUAGCUGGAACGUGAACCAGAGUUCUGAUAUGAGAUGCUGGCAAUGCAAGCAGCUGCUUUGUGUCACACCAGGGUCACAUAAAUAUUUCUUUGUUUCAAAUGGUUUUAGUUCGGGAGAGAUCCCUCUGAUAUGAAGAAAACAAAUCAUGAAAAACUUAAAAGAUUUUAAAAUUUAACUUCAUCUCUCAGUUUUAUGUAGUAUUGACUUCCUGCUACCCUCUUACAAUUUUGUAUUUUUUGUGUUAGUUUUACAUUAUACCACUUAUGUUAUGUGCUCAGAAAGUAUCAUUCAUGUAUAUGUUUAGCCUUCAUUCUAUACUGUAUUGGAUUGAAUGCUAUUUUAAUUGUUGAAUGAUGAAAGUAUUUUCUUUACCUGUAUACUCAAAAGAUAAAUCUUCAGCACUUUAUUUUUUUUUUUAAGAUUUAUUUAUUUACUUGAAAGGCAGAAUUAGAAAGAGGAGAGAAUGCAGAGAGGGGGAGAGAGAGACAGACAGAGAUAUCUUCCAACUGCUGGUUCACUCUCCAGAUGGCCACAACUGCCAGGAAAGGCUGAUGCCAGGAGCCCAUAAUUCUGUCCAAAUCUCCUGCAGGAAUGGCAGGGGCCCAAGUACUUGGGCUGUCUUCUGCUGCUUUCCUAGAUGCAUUACCAGGGAACUGUAUCAGAAGUGGAAAUCUGAGACUCUUAACUGGCACUCAUAUGGGAUGUCAUCAUCACUAGUAGGUUCUUAACCCACUGUUCCUCAAAACCAGCUCCAAAUUAUUUUUUAAAUCCUCAAGAUUUGGAAGACAUUUCUUCAUGUCUUAAAAUGGAAAGUUCCUGGGAGAAGUCUGAGGCCAGAUUAUAGAUAACUUGCUAUUUUGGACUAUGAAAUGAUGAACCUCAUUUUCAUUGACCUUCAGUUAAUUUAAAAUCAGGUUGUCACAGAAUUGAUUAUUCAGUAUCAGUUUAACAUUGAACAAGGCAUGUUCUUUAUGUGGCCAGAUUUAGUUUACAUUUCAUGCAUGAAAAUUUUCUUUUA